ACAGAAUACUCUGGAACUCUUCCUAGUCUCUCUACUUCAUAUGCUACUUUGCUAAGAAUUAAGAAGAGUUCAUCUUCAUCCCUCUAUGGUUCAAAGACUAGACCACGAUACAGCAGUCCUCCAUUAGGAACACUGAGUGUUUCUUCACCGAACUGGCGAGGGGCAGCUCAACAUUAUUAUUCCCCCAUCAAUCUUUAUCAUUCCUCAGAUGCCUUCAAACAAGAUGAAAGUGUAGACUACGGGCCAGUGUUUGUGCAAGAACCAGAUGAUAUAAUUUUCCCGACGGAUUCUGAUGAAAAGAAACUAGCACUGAAUUGUGAAGCUCGUGGCAGCCCAGUUCCCAAUUACAGAUGGCUUCGAAAUGGAACAGAAAUAGAUUUGGAAAGUGAUUAUCGCUACAGUUUGAUAGAUGGGGCCUUCAUUAUAAGCAAUCCAAGUGAAGCAAAGGAUUCUGGCCAUUAUCAGUGUUUGGCAGCCAACACGUUUGGAAGUAUUCUUAGUAGAGAAGCUGUACUUCAGUUUGCCUAUCUGGGAAAUUUUAGUGGCCGGACGAGAAGUGCAGUCUCUGUGAGGGAAGGCCAGGGGGUUGUUCUGAUGUGCUCUCCUCCGCCUCAUUCACCAGAGAUCAUCUAUAGCUGGGUAUUUAACGAGUUCCCUUCCUUUGUGGCGGAAGACAGCCGGCGGUUCAUUUCCCAGGAGACAGGCAACCUCUAUAUUUCUAAAGUCCAAACAUCAGAUGUUGGCAGCUAUAUUUGUCUGGUGAAAAACACAGUGACGAACGCUCGAGUACUUAGUCCUCCAACACCACUCACUCUCCGUAAUGAUGGUGUGAUGGGAGAAUAUGAGCCGAAAAUUGAGGUCCAUUUCCCUUUCACAGUUACAGCUGCUAAGGGAACAACUGUUAAGAUGGAAUGCUUUGCACUUGGCAACCCAGUUCCAACAAUCACAUGGAUGAAGGUUAAUGGUUACAUUCCUGGUAAAGCACGUCUGCGUAAAUCUCAGGCAAUACUGGAAAUACCCAAUGUGCAGCUGGACGAUGCAGGCAUAUAUGAAUGCCGAGCUGAAAACUCACGUGGAAAAACUUCCUUUCGUGGACAAUUACAAGUAUACACAUACCCACACUGGGUAGCAAAACUGAAUGAUACUCAGUUAGACAGCGGGAGCCCUCUCCGAUGGGAAUGUAAGGCUACUGGAAAACCCAGACCCACAUACCGUUGGCUGAAGAAUGGAGUACCCCUCUUGCUUCAGAGUAGGGUUGAGAUGGUUAAUGGAGUAUUGAUGAUCCACAACGUGAAUCAAUCAGAUGCUGGAAUGUAUCAGUGUUUGGCUGAAAAUAAAUAUGGAGCCAUUUAUGGGAGUGCUGAGCUGAAGAUCCUAGCUUCAGCUCCCACUUUUACACUGAAUCAACUGAAGAAAACAAUAAUUAUUACUAAAGACCAAAAAAUCAUCAUAGAGUGCAAACCCCAAGGCUCUCCAAAACCAACCAUCACUUGGAAGAAGGGAGACAAAGCAGUUAGAGAGAAUAAAAGAAUAGCUAUUCUUCCAGACGGGAGUCUACGGAUCUUAAAUGCUUCUAAAUCAGAUGAGGGAGAGUACGUUUGCCAAGGGGAAAAUGUCUUUGGUUCUGCUGAAAUCAUAGCUUCCGUUUCUGUGAAAGAACCUACAAGAAUAGAACUUACUCCUAAAAGAACAGAGUUAACAGUGGGAGAAAGCGUUGUCCUUAACUGCAAAGCAAUUCACGAUGCUAGUUUGGAUGUCACUUUCUACUGGACACUGAAAGGACAGCCUAUCGAUUUCGAGAAAGAAGGUGGACAUUUUGAAAGCAUCAGGGCCCAAGCAUCCUCUGCAGAUUUAAUGAUCAGGAACAUCCUUCUGAUGCAUGCUGGGAGAUAUGGCUGCAGGGUACAGACCACAGCAGACAGUGUGUCAGAUGAGGCAGAACUUCUUGUUAGGGGUCCCCCAGGCCCACCAGGGAUAGUGAUCGUUGAGGAAAUCACUGAGAGCACAGCCACACUUUCCUGGAGUCCAGCUACUGACAACCACAGCCCAAUCUCCUCAUACAACUUGCAGGCUCGCAGCCCCUUCUCCCUGGGCUGGCAAACAGUAAAAACAGUCCCAGAAAUCAUAACAGGGGACAUGGAAUCAGCCAUGGCAGUGGACCUGAACCCCUGGGUGGAAUAUGAAUUCAGAGUGGUGGCCACCAAUCCAAUUGGGACUGGAGAUCCAAGCACCCCAUCUCGAAUGAUCCGCACAAAUGAAGCAGUUCCAAAGACAACACCCACCAAUGUAAGAGGAAGAAGUGGAAGAAGGCACGAGUUAGUCAUCGCCUGGGAGCCAGUAUCGGAAGAGUUUCAGAAUGGGGAAGGCUUUGGCUAUAUUGUGGCUUUCCGACCCAAUGGAACACGUGGCUGGAAGGAGAAAAUGGUGACAUCUUCUGAAGCUUCAAAAUUCAUUUAUCGAGAUGAAAGUGUCCCUCCUCUUACUCCCUUUGAAGUGAAGGUUGGCGUUUAUAACAAUAAAGGAGAUGGACCUUUCAGUCAAAUUGUGGUCAUAUGUUCAGCUGAAGGAGAACCCACUGCUGCUCCCACAGAUGUCAAGGCUACAAGUGUGUCUGUGUCAGAGAUUCUUGUUGCAUGGAAACAUAUUAAAGAGAGUCUAGGAAGACCACAGGGAUUUGAGAUUGGCUAUAGGAAAGACAUGGAACAAGAAGAUGCAGCAGAAACCAUCAAAACUAGGGGGAAUGAGUCAUCUGUCAUCCUGACAGGAUUAGAAGGAAAUACAUUAUAUCACUUCACAGUGAGAGCUUAUAAUGGAGCUGGAUAUGGGCCACCUAGCAGUGAAGUGAGUGCAACCACAAAGAAAUCCCCCCCCAGUCAAGCACCUAACAACCUCAGGUGGGAGCAGCAAGGCUCUCAGCUUUCUCUGGACUGGGAACCUGUCAGACCAUUAGCCAACGAGUCUGAAGUCAUGGGCUACAAGGUAUUUUAUAGGCAAGAGGGUCACAGCAACAGUCAAAUUAUUGAAACACAGAAACCUCAAGCAGUAGUCCCGCUCCCUGAUGCUGGAGUCUAUAUUAUUGAAGUUCGAGCAUGCAGUGAAGGAGGGGAUGGAACCGCUAGCUCCCAAAUCAGGGUCUCAUCAUAUUCAGGUGGGAAAAUCACUAGUGCUCAGUCAACCCUCCACACUCUUUCCACGUCCUCGUCAUCAGUAACGUUGCUUUUGGCAUUGAUGAUUCCUUCAACCUCUUGGUGAAAACUACAGACUUAAUUUGCUUUUCUUUACUUUAGCUUGAUAACAGCAGUGAAUAGAGUGUAAUGUAAGUGGAGACCCAGGACCUUGAGAUAAGCGUUAAAAACUUGGAACUACACAUGUUGCACUUACAGGAGGUUGGGGGGAAUAUUACUUAUCCGUCAGGUUUCUUUUUGGUUUUUGUAAAUGGAGAGGACAGUUAUUGGUCCAAUAAAAAUAUGCAGAUUGUACGUAAUAAAUUUUGUAAGCAAAGGUAAUUUCUGUCAAAUGUAUUCUUUACUUUUUUAGUAUGUUGGAAUUUGAUUUUAUAUCUGAUGACCCUGAGUGUGUGCCGUCCAUUUGUUAAGCAAGUGGUCUCUAGCAGAUCUGUUUCAAACACAAAUACAAAACUGAGAAUGAAAAAUUUGCUUAAGACUCCAAGUCUACUGUUUUUCAUUUUUCCUUUGGCUGACUAUUCCAAUUGACAAAGCAGCAGGAGAUAUAAAAAAAAUACUUCAACUGUGUGGUCCAUUAUAGGAUA